AUGGGCUCAGCACAUGUCCGCCCUCAAGAAGCAGCCACCCCCGUCGGAGGGACUUUACUCCUGAGCACCGGCGAUAGGUACAAGGGACCCGUCGAUUCUACCGGGGUUCCAUCAGGGAGAGGCCUUCUUCUGCUCAAGGCUGGCCACUGUUUCUGUGGGACGUUCCAUAGAGGGCGUCGCCAGGGGCCUGGUGUCUUCAUAGAACUCCGCAAGGGCGGAGGACUUGCCAUUCACUGGGGUGUCUGGCUAGACUGCUUCUUGCACGGACCCUCGCGUUCGCUCUUUCUCCCCGAGCGCCUGCUGGUCUACGCGGAGUGGGUGCAGGGGCGCCGUGUGCUCGUGAGGGGCCCCUCGCCUCUUCCGAACGCGCAAGCGCAUGAAUUUUUUUUCUCUAACCGCCGACAGUCUUCUGCGGAGACAGAAGGCAGCCUGCCUGAAGACCUCCUUGCCUCACUCCCGCAGGGGGAGGAAUCGACUCCACGGCAGGAAGCGCUGAGGCAGGAGAAGUGUACCCGCAGCCUCUUCCGAGGGGCGAACCGAAACAGGGGAUCACGAGACUCUGCACACGCAGCCAUCAACGCCGAUGACAGUAUCGCGUCGUACUGCAGCAGCUCUGCUGCGGCAACGUGUGCUGGGGGGGGCGGGCAUGACGGCGCGCAGCAGCCCACGUGGAGUAAGUUUUUCCUGCCCGCAGUAGCUGCUGCCGAGGCUCAAGCGCUGGAACCUUCAAGCUGUACACCCUUAGUGCUGUGUGGGAUUGCGGCUUGCAGACGCGGCGGAGUCUUCCGACGAUAUCUGGCCAGACGAGGCAGAAGGUGUGCAUUUUUUGCCGCUGCAUCUUUUGCUGCUGCUACGCAGCAACCGGUCCACUGGUCGCCAUCAGAAUUGGUGUGUUGGCUACGCCUCGCUUGCAAGGAACUUCGCAGCCACCAGCUUCCCAAGGGGUUCAUUGAGGCUCUCCUUGCGCGCCGAGUUGGAGGGGAGGAGUUUCUGUGUCUGACUGCUGGAACGCUUAAAAGCCACUUUGGUCUAAACACCUUUGGAGGCCGCAACAGGGUCCUUACCUUCGUCAAGCUGCUCAAGCUGCAGGCCUCUCGGCGACGGCGCAUUCGCCGUUUGCUUCUCUCACCAUCAAACAACAUUUUCAGCAUCGAGUCUGGAAGUAUCUGCUUCCUUGGAAGGACCCCUGGGGCACACGUGGCUCCCACGACCCUUGACUCCCGUGUGUCUUUUUCAAAAGCGUCUCGGCUGCAUGCUCGCCAGCGUGGGUGUGCUGGACUUGUAUUUCCGAAGGCUGAACGGGGUGUUUCGGAAGGUGAUAAAAGGCACUUCCCCCAUCCCCCUUUCGCUCCUCAGGGGGCCAAUAAUAUCCCCCUGCGCGUGACAGCAAGGCAGACGAGUGAGGAGGGCCCCCCCAACCCGGGAGCUCUCAUUCCUUUCGAGCAGCUACAAUUUGUACGAUACUUAGGGGGGCGAAGGACGAGUGUUUAUUACGGCUUCUGGUUGGGGAAGGAAGUCGCUAUCAAGGUCUUCAAGAAGCAGCACUUCUGUUACCACAUGCCAACCAGCGCUGCUUCUUUUGCCACUUCUGGCGCAGUAGAAGCAGCAGCCCCUGCCGUUCCCACGGGGCCCCCUUGGAACGAGGGCCCUCUUGCACUUCCUCCGCAACGCAGUGGCGAUAUCGCAGACGCGCGAGCUUCGCCGGGUGUAAAGGCUUCAGAUCUGCAGAAGCGGUUGCAAGAGAUACAGUGCCACAACACUGACUUGCUGCUGCAACAGCUUCUUCUGCUUCAGCAGCUCCGUCACCCCCAUUUAGUGAUGCUUUUGGGGGUUUCACUUACCCACUCGUUCCACGUGUGUCUCGUGAUGGAGUAUAUGCCGAAUGGUGGUCUCGAUGCACACCUCUCUCAAGGCGAUCCCCAAGAAGUCGUCUCCCGUCCUUCAAGCGCCAUCCGAUCGCAGUCGCAGCAAGGCGGGAUGAUGGCAAUCCUUUUUGGUGGAGGGGCUUCCCAAAGCCAGAGCAUUCCCAGCCAGUGCACUGUAGACAGACACAGGAGCGCGAAGCCGUGUUGUAGUGCAGGGCGACAUCCCCGACCGCUUCUCAGGCCGUCGGCAUGCAACAGCUCUCCUGGGGUCUUCGGGAGGCCUCAUGGGGGCCCCCAAGCGGGGGGGGCCCCCUGGUGGGAAAGCGAGUUUGCGGGGGCUGAAGGCGGCUCCCACAGGCCCGUCGGACGUGCUCCCCUGUUGCCGCCUCUGGAGGGGGGGGCCCCACACCCGGGGCCCCCUCAAGCGGGAGAGGUGUCUCUGGAGGGGCCCCCGUCCCUCGAAAGCAGCCCCACAGCGUCGACGGACUCCCCGUGGGAGGUAUCUCGGCGAUGCCCUUCUUCCGAGGGGUCUUCUCCUAGGGGCCCCCGCCACCCCACAGCUCUUUCUCACGCAUGCACGACGGACGUGAAGAAGAAAAAUCCAGCAGCGACGCAAGGCUCAGCGUCGGGGCAUGCAGCACUUGCCAGAGAGGUAUUCCCAGGGGCGGGGCUCCUCCUGGGGGCCCCCCCGUUCUUUGGAUUUCGCCCCAGGGGCCCCCUCUCCUACAAGGACAGGGCCCCCCUCGAAGGCCUGCCCUCCUCCUGUGGUAAGGAAGCCCACCAGGAAACUCCUUCUGAAGGCUCCGACUGCUUCUCGCUUCCCCAGCGGGGGCCCCCCUGCAUUGCGUGGGGCGUCCCCUACGCAGUGGCCGGGCUUAGGGGCCCCUACUGCCACGAUGGGGGCCCCCGUAGACCCACAAGUCCCCAGGGGAGCGGCGUGCAGCCGCUGCAUUUGCUGGAUGCACUCAACUUGGCACGUGGCAUUGCUCUCGGCUGUGCAUACCUACAAAGGCAGCAGGUCUACCACUUGCAGCUAAGGCCCUCCAAGGUGCUGCUGGAUGGGGCCCUUACUCCGAAGCUCGCAGGAUUUGGCAUCGCUGAGCUGGAGGCGCUUUGCACUAGAAACGUUCGCGAAUGCCUUGAGGGGGCCCUUGGGGAUAUGCUUGCUGCCCCUGGGGACCUCUUUCAUCGAGGCACUCCCGCGGAGGGCCCCUUACGGGGAGCGACUGCCUUUCACAGGAGGUCGUCGGCAAGUGUAGCAGGUAGGUAUUUUAGGUACCCUUUGCCCGUUUUUUGCCUUUCUUUAUGCACUGCGCUAGGCAGGCUGACUUCGUGUUGUCACUCUUGCGACUUGCGUGGUUUGUAUUUUGCAGAGAGCGCUUUCGAAGGGCUGGCGUCGCCGGCAGAUCAGCAGCAGCAGCAGGAGCAGCAGAUGGCCUCUGCGUACGGCUUAUCCUUGGCCUUGCGUCAAAUGAACUGGUGCACGCAGAUGCUGCAGCUUCCCUGGGUGCCCCCAGCGGUGUGCUUCGGCCUCAACAAGCCGGAGGACAAGGACUGCACCGACGUGUAUUCUUUUGGAGUUCUUUUUUGGCAUAUUCUCACCGGCCUAAAGCCGUUUGCGGGUCUUUCUACAGCGCAGAUUGUGGGAUGCGUGGAGUUUUGGAGGGAGCCGGUGGCCGACCCCCGUGACGCGAUACCCGACACUUUGAAGGCUCUUAUAGAAAAGUGCUGUUACACCGCGUGCUCCGAACGCCCUACUUUCCUGAACAUUGUUCAUGCAAUUGCGGCGCUUCACGCGAAUACAAGAGAUUCAGCAGAAGACGCCCUUGAAGUAUUCAUGGGCUCCUUGUAG